AUGGCAGAUGACGGAGCAACUGUUAUUAUUGAUGUCGGAUCUGAUACAUGCAAAGUAGGAUUCACUGGGCAAGAUUCACCGCAUAAGAUUUUCCCUACGAUUCUUGGCAACGAAAAGUAUCAUACUUUGACAGGUGAAGAACCAACUACAUACAUUGGCGAAGAAGCGCAACACAAACGUGGAAUUUUAUCAAUUCGAAAUCCUGUACAAAAUGGAAUAAUCACGAAUUGGGAUGAUAUUGAAACAAUUUGGCAAUACGCAUUCACACAUAAACUUGAAGUGAUCGCGGAAGAACAUUCAGUGUUAUUAACAGAAGUUUCGCUAAAUCCGAGAGAAAAACGAGAACGUGCCGCGAUGAUUAUGUUUGAGACUUUUAAUGUCCCGUCUUUUUAUCUCGCUAUUCAAGCUGUUCUUGCAUUAUAUGCAAUAGGUCUUCGUUCUGGUACUGUCUUAAAUUCCGGGCAUGGUAUAACGCACGUUGUUCCCGUUUACGAAGGAGCAUCGAUCUCUCACGGGUUUCAAGGGAUUCAAGUAACUGGACACGAUUUGGACACUUAUUUGGCCACAUUAUUAUUAGAGCGCGGUCAUUCGCUCAACACAACUGCCGACCAUGAAAUUCUUCAAUUGACUAAAGAGGCAGUGUGUUUUGUCUCCCAAGAUUAUGAAAAAGCGAUUGGUAAUCCUGAAGAAUGGAACAAUUUCGAGACGACACAUGAAUUGCCAGAUGGAAAAAUUAUUGUUGUGAAUAAUGAAAGAUUCCGUGUCCCUGAAGCUCUAUUCAAACCGAAAUUAUUGGGUCUGGAGGAUCUGGGUAUUCAUGAAGCGAUAGCUAAAUCCGUCUCACUAUGUGAUGUUGAACUUCAGAAAUUGUUGAUGGAAAAUAUUGUUCUCGCUGGGGGAUCCACUUUGUUUCCUGGUGUCGUUGAAAGGCUGCAUAAAGAAUUGGACAUUUUAAUGCCUCCAACUUUACAUGCAAAAUCAAAAAUUCUAGCACCUGAAGAAAGAAAGAAUUCAGCAUGGCUCGGUGGCUCGAUUGUUGCUGCGUUAUCGACAUUUCAAGAUAUGUGUAUCUCGAAAGCGGAGUACGAAGAAGUUGGAGCUUUUUUAGUUAAUCGCAAAUUUAUUUGA